CUUGAUAGGAUAUGACGUUUAGACCCUUGUGCCGGCAGAGUUCCUGUUUGUGAUGAAAGUGAGGCUGUGUCCAUUCGUCCGCCAUUUCACAGAGUCACUUAUUCGCUGCUCAUUCCCCCCCAAAAAAUGGGCCGUCACUUUGGAGACUUGGCCAGGAUCAGGCACAUCGUCACCUACAGCCUGUCCCCCUUUGAGCAGAAGGCGUUCGCAAACUACUUCUCGAAAGGCAUCCCCAAUGUGUGGAGACGGUUCAGUUCUCAAGUCUUUAAAGUGGCACCUCCGUUUAUUGUGACGUAUGUAACCUACACCUGGGGAAACCAUGUGCACCAGCAAGGCAAGAGGAAGGUUGCAGCAGAUUAUGAAAAUGACGUGUAAAAACUAUUGUCUUCACACACUUGAGCUUGAUUGUACUGUUUGUUGUUUUUGAACUGUGCCUCAUGCAAAUAAAAGACAAUAUUUAUUCACUAUUUGACAAGUAUUUUGCAGUUUUUGUCUGGCAAACUGUCACGUUAACUAAUGGAAUUCAUCAAUGAAUCUGUUAAACGUAAUAAAAGCUUGAUCAAAUUGU